AUGGAUGAAGAUGAACAAUACUUUAGCGAUACGGUAAGUUUUUUAAGGAAGUUGUCCAUCUGAGUGCGGGUACCGUUUUUGUCCUAAAAUUACCAUAGGUCAUUUAAGUGAGUUUUAUUCUCAAUAAUUUUAUAGUGAACGAACUGUCACGCCCAAGGGCACCCUAAGUCUAAGAAAAUGUUGGGGGGACAUCCUUAAUUUGUAUUAAUAAUCAAACGCUUUUAUUAGUAUAUUAUAUCUGUGUAUUUUUAAAAAUGUUCAAGGUAUUAUAUAAUACACUUAUAGUAACUAAUUAAACACAAAUUACAAUUUUAUUUUAUUUUCCCCAAAUUCACCAACAAAAUUUUAUGCUUAAGUAAGUUCUUAGACCUUUUUCUGAUGUAAACUAAACAUAUAAAAUCCGGAUUUUGUAUGUUAAAACGUUUUUCACACAUUAGAUAACUGUAAGUCAACCGUCCAUUAAAAUAUCCACAAAUGAUUGGCUGUAGUGGUUGGUAUCAACUUCAAAGCAUAGGCAUAAAUCAUUGUAUAAUGUGGUAAUAAAUUAGCAGAAUUCUAUUAUCACGAAGUAUACCUACCGACUAAGUAGCAAACGGUGUAUUAUUAUAGUAUUGAUAAAUAUCAAUAUACCUUGGUACUAAUAAUCCAUUUUGGGAUUUUGAGACAUUGAAUUUGAGUAUAAUUAUUUUAACUUGCUGGAAAACUAAGGGGGAGUUGUCCCUCUACCCCUUCUAUGGUGCCCUUGGACAUACCUGCUCGGUAUAUGAAACUUUAACCUCCUGUUUGCUUCUUACUUGAUGACUGAUACUAAAUCAAUGAAGUCGAUGUUCUAAGUGAGAACUUCAAACUUAUUCACUGAAAAACUUCACCAGGUUUAGAUAGAGUAGGAUGGGGAAAUUUUAAAAACUACGUUGCGUAAAUCACAGAAAUCGAAUAAUAAUUUAUUUUAUAUUUAUUGUAUCUGCUUGUGAAACAAUCAUAUAUCUAUCGCGCUUAUUUUGACUGUGGGAAUAAUUAUUCUCUUCUGCAACUAUUAACCUAUCAUCUAUCUAUAACUAGCUAGCAUAGCGGGUUCAAAUCUUAGAUCUAGGAUUAAAUUGAAACGCACUUAAAUGACCCAUUUCCGUUUUUAAUAAAACAUAAUAAUAUGUCAGUAUUCGGAUUUUUAUUUACUUAUUUUAUUUAUAAUAUAGAACAGUGACGGUAAUGAUAGUCAAAUAAGAAUCAAUGCUAUUAAUAUGUAUAAUCGCUACAUUGAACCGGACCUUGGAUAUUUAAGCAAUACAGUACACAUAAUAUACCGAUGAUGGGUAUUACUUAUUACUUAUAAGUUAUUAGGUUUAGAUUCUGAGCCUAAUAGGGAAUUUAUUGAUUUUAUCAUGUUGUCUGUUUUGACUGUGGAUAAUUUUUCAUCGAAAAACCUUGAUCCGAUCAUCAAAGGUAGCAUCUUUUUCUUAAAGCAAAUUUUUAUCUAGUUGGUACAUAGAGGAGGAAUAUUUAUAUGAUUUUUCUUAUAAUUUUUUUUUUAAGAAUUGAGAAAAACCAAGAAAAAACUUAGAGAAACCAUGAAAACUUACGCAAUAACAGUUUUCGCUAUUUUCAACUGUUUUUGUUGAACAUUUGUAAAGUUACAACAAUUGUUGUAACUUGACUUUUCUCCCAGAAUAUUUAUAUUAGCUCUUUCUAGACGUAGUCAAAUUUUCAAAAUAUUUUAGCAUUUUCGAGUUUUUUUAGUUUUCUAUAUGAUUCACCGUCGAUAAAAUUAUGUUGUUAGAGCAGUAAUGUUUAAAAAUUUAACACUAAUUUCAACAUAAGUAAUACUUAGUUAACAGUAAAAAAAAGAUUAUAUAGACAUACUUCACAUAGUCAGUAGACCACUGUUGUAGGUGAAAAGUUGGGAAUGUAAAGAAGAAAUUUAACGUAUAAAUAUUUAACGUUAAACUGUAAGCAGUUAUUAAACAUUGCUAACGAAAAAAGAUUCUGAGUGGAGUUCGGUUAAUAGUGUUACAUUAUCAAUUAUCAUUAACAAUAUGUAUGUCAUAUUAUGGUACAAUAUAUGUAUAAUAUUCUGUUCUUAACAGAUAAAGAAAUUAUAACAAUAAUAACAUUAUUUUAUAACCAAUACAUUCCUCGCUCCACUCAGAAUGUAAAAAAAGUUGUGUUUUAAUUUUAUAAAAAUCGUAAAAAUCAAAUAUUACAAUAUUCAUGUUUAUCCUAUCUACGCUAAGAAUUGUUUUUCGUUUACGAUAAUUUAUCAUUGCGUAAAGACUUAAAUUCUAUAUCUCUAUGUAUUUUACCUUCUCAACUAUUCACCCACAACAGUCACAUACCCGUCAGCAGUAUCAGCUCUUUUUUAAAUUAUAAGCAGAAUACGGAAUGUAUUGGUUUUACAAUGAUGUUUUUUUUUUUUUUUAUCUGUGAACAAUUUUUCUACCAGCAAAUUUGCUCUUAUUUUCAAUUAUAGUACUUUUCUGAAAGAAAACCCGACUAGGAAUGGUACUCGAAGAAAGCCAUUUUUUGAUAUUUCCAGCUAUUUUCUCGGAAAAACCGGGAACAAACGUAAGAAAAUGGUAAAAUUUACGAAAUGUAAUAUUUUUAAAUAUUAUGGAUUUUUAAAACAUGUGCAACCGAAUUUCGCUGAGAAUCGUUUUUCGUAACAAAGUUUAAUCGUUGCGUACAGAUAUACAUUAAUUUCCACUCUACAUUCUACCUUCCCAACUUCUCAUUUACAAUAGUGGCCCACCUAUUGUGUGAAGUAUGUCAGUAUCUUUUAAUUUAUUGAGAAAAAUUAAUAGAUAAUAAUUACAUAUAUAUCAUUGUUUUCUUAUCAUGAAUCAGUAGUUUUAAGAAUUUGAUUUCAGUUUUUUUUAGAUUCUGAGCUGAGCGAGGAAUGUAUUAAUUAAACGAGGUUUUUUUUUUUUUUAUCUGUGAACAACUUUUCUACCAGCAAAUUUGUUAAGAUUUUCAGUUCUAGUACUUUUUCUGAAAAGAAAUCUGACUGGGAUUGUACUUUAAAGAUGUUAACGCUUUUUUUUAUUUUCCUAGCUGUUUUUAUAAAAAAUAGGAAUAACGAAAAAAUAGGUACAAUAUUAAACAAAUAUUAGUAAAGAAAAUAUAAAACGCAUAUAUAAUUAUUUUACUAUAAUAUUACAUAUAUAUAUAUUGCUGAUAAAUCAACACUAUUAUCCGAACUCCGCUCAGAAUAGUUUUUCUUUAGCAAUGGUUAAUAUACAUUAAAUUUACCCUUUACCUUCCUAAUUUCUUAACUAAAACAGUGCCCCCCCACAUUCGAAGUAUGUCCGUCUUUUUUUAAAAUUAUUAUGAAAUUAUUUUUUUUUUUAAUUUUAAAUAAAAUAUAUUUUUACUAUUUUCAAUAUUUUACCUCUUCUUAUUAUACCUGAAAUGAGUAUCUACUUUGGAUUUUUAAAUAGCAAUCACCCCCCCUCUUUUUCAAUAUCUGAUUCAAAUAGAGAACAUUUUUUAAACACAUUUUGAUAUUGGAGAUAAUAGAUGCAUGUUUGUUUUUAAAUAAUAAAUUUAUAACUUCUCCCUGCUUCUUCAGUCUAAACUUUUAACUAUUAUAAUUAGAGAGCGGAUUUAUAUUCUCUUAUAAACCACAAAAAGGUGCUUUAAAACAUCAAAAUAUCUCCGAAAAAAAGUAAUUACAAAUAUUUAAAAAAUCAAAAAUGAUAGAGGAGUUAAAAAGUCCCUCUUUAAGCGAAUUUAACUUAUAAAACAACAUUUUUGUGGUGUUAGAUUCUAAGAUUAGAAGAGAAUAUAAAUCUGCUUUCUAAUUAUAACUCAUAAAUGGUAUAUCUAAUAUAAGUGUUAUGCAUAUAUCAAUAUUUCUUGAAAAAUAUUCUUUAUUUGAAUUUGUAUUUGAACAGGGUGAAAAGUUGCUAUUUAAAAAUCCAAAACGGAUACUAAUUUAGGAUGUAAAGAGUAGGGGUAAAAAUUGAAAAUAAUUUUAAAAUAAAGCUUAAAUAAUUCCUUAAUGAUUAAAAAAAAUAAAACAAAAAUCGAAUUAACUUAAAAUCCUCUAAGAAAAUGUCAUGAUAAAUGUAUCACUGUCUAUAAUUUAAAGAACAUAUAAUAAUUUAGAGCGAUUCGUCUUCGUAUUCUACUGGUUAUAGUGCACACAUAACAUAUUCAAGGGAAGUUCAGGCUAAUGCAUUGAUCAUACGAUGCACGAUAACCCAAUAUCAUGCAGAUGAAAGUAUGCAAAUGAUGGCUAUACGGCAUUUAAUUAGAAUCUCAUUUUCGAGAGAAGCAUGGUACAAUGAUGAAUUUAGUGAUUCCGUAUCCAUGAUUAGCGAUAAUCAAGAAGAAGAAGAAGAUAGACAUGCAGAAGAAGAGGAUUAUGACGAAGAUGAAGAUAAUGAAGAGGAAGAUGACAAAGAGGAAGACGACGAAGUUGACAAAGAGGAAGAUGACGGAGAGGAAAAAGAGGAAGAUGAUGAAGAGGAGAAAGGUGACGAAAAAGUAUAUGAGGAAGAAAACGAAUAUGAAGAAAACGAAACAUAUGACGAAGAAGAAGAUGAAGACAAAGGAACCGAUACAUAUGAAAAAAAAGAAGACGAAAACGAAAAAAACAAAACAUAUGAAGCAGACAACGAAGAAGAACAAUAUGAAGGAGAGAGAGAAUAUGAGAGAUAUGUCUGCUACUGUGUUUGUAUUAUGUACCUUCCAAUAAAGUUAAUAGAUUAUUAUUUUAUGUAUUUAUUUACUAAUUACUUUGUAGGGUUAUGUGGCUGACAGCGGCAGAUAUUCCCGGAAAAUAUUUUUUUGGCAAGAAAGCGAAAAUUCUAUUAGUAUGUAUAUUAAAUAUGUAUGUUUAAAAUAAAAUAUAUUCGUUAAACUUUAUUAUAAUAUUUGGACAGGUCGUGAUGAAUUUUUCGGAGAAUCCUCACCAACAGUUGAAGUACAACAAGAGGUACCUAGAAUUCAGAAACAACGUUUGGAUUGGGAUGUCGAGUGUGACGGUGAACUAUCCAAUAAAAAAUUUAAAAAAUCAUAA